CAUACAUUUAUUUUCACUUUAUAUAAAUUUACUAGUUAUUCAUAUUACAUAUUUACAUAACCUCCAUUAGCUUCGGGGAAUUUCUUCCUUGAUCAUAUAGUUACGGUUAUUACAAGUUUUUGUUAUGGGUGUCCUUAAAAAUGACGAUGACAUUGGUGUUCAGCAAUCACAAGUUGUGCUACGCAACGGAAGAGAAAUCUUACUUCAGGCUUUCAACUGGGAGUCACGAAAACAUGACUGGUGGAGAAAUUUGGAGAGAAAAGUACCCGAUAUGGCAAAAUCUGGGAUCACAUCAGCUUGGUUGCCACCCGCAACUAAUUCCUUCGCUCCUGAAGGCUACCUUCCGCAGAACCUCUACUCCCUCAACUCAGCAUAUGGUUCUGAAGCUUUGCUUAGAUCUCUAUUAAGUAAAAUGAAGCAGUACAACGUUCGACCAAUGGCUGACAUAGUCAUCAAUCAUCGUGUUGGGACCACCCAAGGGUAUGGCGGAAGGUAUAACCGCUAUGAUGGGAUACCAUUAUCAUGGGACGAACGUGCUGUUACAUCUUGUACUGGUGGACGGGGUAACCGUAGCACAGGAGACAACUUUAAUGGUGUUCCAAAUAUUGAUCAUACGCAAGAUUUUGUUAGAAAAGAUAUUAUUGGCUGGCUAAAAUGGCUACGAUACAAUGUUGGCUUUCAGGAUUUCCGUUUUGAUUUUGCAAGAGGUUACUCAGCAAAAUAUGUGAAAGAAUACAUCGAGGGCGCAAAACCAAUAUUUUCUGUUGGAGAAUACUGGGACUCAUGCAGCUACAGUGGAACUUACCUCGAAUACAACCAAGAUAGUCAUAGGCAACGCAUCAUCAAUUGGAUUGAUGGCACAGGGCAACUCUCUACGGCAUUUGACUUCACAACAAAAGGAAUUCUUCAGGAAGCGGUUAAGGGGCAACUGUGGCGUUUGCGUGAUGCACAAGGAAAACCACCAGGUGUAUUCGGAUGGUGGCCUUCAAGAGCUGUAACUUUUCUUGACAAUCAUGACACUGGUUCAACUCAGGGUCAUUGGCCAUUUCCUUCAAGUCAUGUCAUGGAGGGCUAUGCAUAUAUCCUCACGCAUCCAGGGAUACCGUCAAUCUUUUAUGACCAUCUUUAUGACUGGGGCACCAUCAUGCAUGAUCAAAUUGUGAAACUGAUACAAAUUCGCAAGCAACAAGACAUACACAGCAGAUCCUCCAUUAGAAUUAUUGAGGCUCAGUCCAAUCUCUAUGCAGCCAUAAUUGGAGAGAAACUGUGUAUGAAAAUUGGUAGCGGUUCAUGGUGUCCCGCUGGUCCGGAGUGGAAACUUGUAGCCCACGGGCACCAAUACGCAGUUUGGCACAAGUGAGCUCAACAAGGAUCAUAUAUCCAUUAUAUUAUAUGAUAUCACAAGAUAUUGAAUAAACUCCCGAUUUAUGCUACCAAAGAGAGUAGUCAGCUCAACAAUGUAUUGUAUUUUUUACCAUUUUUUGCAAUGGAGAUUAUAUCAAUUGCACCUUGUAGGAAUAUUGGCAUAUAUUUGUUGCUGAUUCAAAUUUUAAAAUAAACUUUCCAACUUAUCCCUUUA